GUCCUCCGGCAUUGCGCUCCGGGCAGCCUGGGAAUGGAAAGGGGGCACACGGUCCCCGCGCACCGCGGAAUGGUCGUGGGGUCGUCGAGGCUCUGGGUGGGCCUUGCUGCUUUCUUCCGAAGGCUGGAGGGGCGGCGGCCACCGGCCUCGUUUUGUCGCCCCCUGUCUGUCCCAACGCCCCUGUCUGGGAGGGGAUAGCAUGCGCAGGGUCUGCGCAGACUCGCCCGCCCCUCCCCGCCGCAGACAGACUCGCCACUGCCAGCUUAGAGGCGCGCUGUCCCAGCGGUGCCUUCCCGCCGCCCCCGAGCCCAGCGCCGACGCCUCGGGAAGCUGUGCAGGGGGCCUUCGUGCCCCGGGGCGCCUCGGGGCCAGCAAAGCCACAGAGAGGACAGACCAGAGCAGGCCAGGGUUGGGGCAGAGCUCCGGGCUGACUGGGGCCCCUCGGGGAGCAGAGGGCCUUCCCACCGCGACCGUUUGUAGCGCCCUGGCGCAGUGGGGGAGUCGACCCCAUCCCUUCCAGCUGCGCCCCCUUCAGGUCCCGCUGAGCCCUGCACAGGGGCACAUUCAGAAAGAAAAGUGGUACUUUAACUGUGGACCUAGCAUUUGUCAUCUGGCCUGGACUUUCGAGAACUCAAACUACUGAGAGGAUCACCUGCUUUUCUUUAGCACUUUGUAGAAGACCCUCCCCGUGGGCACCUCCAGGAUUGCCUCACUGUCAAGCACAUGGUUCAGACAGGCUCACUCCAUCAUUCCAACCUGGAGGGUAGUGUUGCCAGUCUUGCGGGGGGCGUGGAUCUAGAUGAGGUUCGUUUGCUCUUGGCAGUUAAGGAAUUAAAAGGUAGGAGGAAUCUGGACCGCACUCAGCUAGGGCAGACAGAAUCAACUGCUUUGUUUUUAAGGUGUACGCAUGAAAGGCAAACAGAAAGGACCCUGCAAAGCAGAGGAGGUGCUGAGGACCCGUGAGGCCAGUCUCUUGCCAGGCUGGGCCCCGGGGGCCUUUGUAGGGUCAGUUUAAGCAGGAUGGCUGGCCAACAGGACCACAGCAUGUCCUGACCCACCCUUGAACUUGACUGGUCUGCAGUCAAGCAGGCGAAGGGGACACACUUUUGUCUCCAGUUAGGAGGAUGAGAAAGGCUGAAAGUUCGCCGUCCUCAUCACCGUGACCCUGUCUGUGACCCCUCUCCCUGUCUGUGGAGCACCUAGUCCUCCGGUAGGGCAUGCGAGUGGGCCCACCGCACCUGUUCUAGAUGCCCGCAGCUAGGAAGUGGUGGAUCUCAGGAACGGGCCUGGCUGGUGGCCAGCCUCCAAUGCCCAGUCCCUGGGCUGAGGAGCUGCUGCUCUUGUCUAUAAGACAGGGAAGCAGAGCUGAGGAGACGGAAAGGCCAUGGGGGUGACGUAACUUCAUGAAUACCCUACAGUAAGACAACUCUCUUCACCUCUGCAGCCCCCAAACUAGCAUUCCUGCCUGGGUCCUGGUCUCACACUGGCCAGGGUCUCACAGAAUCGGGGGCUUGGCCCACAUAAAUGAGAGGAAGUUUUAGUUUUAGACUGAGUUUUCUCGCGCCUUGUUCACGUCACCCCAGAGAACCCGCCUGGGCCCUGAAUGCCUUCUGAGGCAUGGGAAGGACAGGAUCGGCAUUGCAGAGGCCGUUGUGACACGGUCCAUGCAGCAGGACCAGCCUCAGAGUCUUGGCUCUGCAGUCUGGUCACUGUCACCCUUCCUUCCUCUCUGCCCACCCCGUCUGGUCCUCUGGGUCUGCCCAAAACCCUCACCUUACCCAGGAAGUAGUCGCCUCCUCCCCCUCUUCUUCGUGCUGCCCCAGGAGGGGUGCUGCAGGUGCCUCAGAGGAUGGAGUGGGGCUGGGCUGCUGUCCCGUGAACCCCUCUGUGGUGCCUCGGGGCGCCUCAGUGCCUACUUCACCGUCACCCUUCUGAGAUGCUGAGGUUCUCCUGUCGGAGGAGAUUUGUGUGUGUGUUAUGAUUUCUGCUCCACUGAGCUCAGGAUGAAGAUGUCAUUGAGGGUGGUGGCAACUCUGAUCUCCUACCCAGUACCUGAUGCCUGUAGAAUCACCCUAACCCAGUACCAGCUGCCCAUAGGCUCAUCCCAACCCAGUACCAGCUGCCCACGGGCACAAGGCCUGCUUCCAACUGGGAGAUGGCAGCUUCCUGGCUGCCGAAUGGCUACGAGUUGGGGAUGCUAAGAUGGGAGUGGAGACUUACUGUGGUGCACGCUCUCUGAGCCGGGAACACUUGCCCCGUGACACUAGACUUGAGCUAAAUUUUCCAAGUCUCCUGAGAACCAAGCCAAAGGGCCCACAGGCUGUACCUGGAGACAUGUGGUAGAUGGCAAAACUCAGAACCACUCUAACCCCUGCUCACUCUAGAGAAGGCGGGUCCGCAGGAUGGAGAACCUCUGCCUUCCUCCGCAAGGUUAGCCUUGAUGCGUUAUCUUCAAGAUCUGUUACAAGUAUGUUUGUAUGUCUGGGGGGGGGGGGGGGCGCGCAGGUGCCCAGGAGGCCCGUGGUGACUCCUAGAGCUGGAGUCACAGGCUGUGAGCAGCCCGAUGUGGUGCUUGGAACCAAACUUGGGUCAUCUCCAAGAGCAGAAUGUGCUCCUAGCCCCUGAGCCAUUGUUCUGGCCCUUGGCCCUGAGAUUUUGCCUUUUACCAUCAGCACGGCUGUGGGCUGUGGGUUUUGUUUGUUUGUUUGUUUGUUUUGUGUCUGUCUGUCUGGUUUGCCUCUCUGACCCUCAGUUUUCUUAUCUGUAACUGACAAUAAUGCCUUGUGGGAUUGGGGUGGGAAUCUUUCAAGCUAGCCGUUCUCAUACUGAGUGUGUUAGCUGCCCCUGGAAGGUACUAAGAGGUCAGUGGAAGGUCAGUGGCAGAGGCCUGCACAUCUGCCAGCUCCCAGGCUGCUGCUCCUCUGUGGCCUGGCAGUAACGAGGAUCCCAUAAACGUCCUUCAGGCCUGGUCCCCAGGAGUCCUGUCAGGUCAACUCCUUGACCUCAGUUUCCAAGUGUCCAAGGAGAAGAGGAAGCCUCUAUGAAACGUGUUUGUCCCACUGCAAGGCACAUGCAGGUGGGCGCCAUGUGGCCAUUUUACCACAAGGGGGCGGAAGAGCACCUGCAGAGAGGCCGUGAGAGCCAGCCGCAAAGAGCUACUUGGCUGCUGACUCGGACCCAAGUGAGCCCGGCCAUAGUCUGGCCUCAGUUUCCACACCUACCUCAACUGAUUGGUUCCUCGGGCAUCCUGUUGAGGAGGAAGCCACUGCACUUUUAUUUCCUCAGGGCUACAGGUGGUGCCCAAAGACCUUGGGGCAAGCUGUGUCAGCAUGCGCUUGUUUUUGAGUCCUUAGGGAUCCAGUCCCCUUAAACCCUAGCUGCAAGCACAAAGACAACUCCCCCACCCUCCACCCCACGGCCUGAUGAGACAACUCCCCCACCCUCCACCCCACGGCCUGAUGUGAAUCUGCUCACUCAGCCUCACUCAGCGGCCGGAGGGGCUCUGGGGAAAGCUCAAGCUGAGCAGCCAGGAAGAGGCUCUUCCUACCUGAGGUCAAGGCAGCAGAUUCUGGGAAGGGGCCACUGGAAAAAUCUUAGCAGUGGCAGCUGGGGUUGGCGGACGACCCAGCAGACUGCCGGUGCCUGAGGCUGUCCAGGAGGACAGCAGGUGUGCACAUGUUUGAGUGUGACAGGCGGGUAAGGCCUUGCACCAGCCCUCCAUAGUGCCUUACACCCGACGCUCCUUCUCACAAGCAUUCUGUGCUGCUAAGGGCUCUCUACAGAACGGAAGUCAAGACAGGGCCAGGCGUUUUGCCUAGUUAGUGAGUGGCAGAGCCUAGCCAUGUGGCUCCGGGGUCGGGGUCUGCUGCUGCUUCCUGUGGAAACCAGAGUAACAGGCCACUGCCGGGUUCCUAGGCUGGUUUCCACACCACCUUCCCCCUCCUGGAGCUCAGGACUCUGAGCUCCAUUCAGAACCUCUUGCACGGUUCUUGUAUCUGCCCAGGACUCCUGUACCCACCAGUAAACAGCAGUGCAGGCACUUUGGCUCUGCCCCCUGCACCACCAUGCUCUGGGGCAGACAAGGCUGCCAGGGAGAAUGCAGAGCAUUUGGUUCUGCUGCUUCCUGACAUACAGCGAGGGCUUUUUAGUCUCACGAGCUCAUCACGUGUUAUUCCUGGCACGCUUACACUCAGGAAGCAAUUCCAAAAUAAGGUUCAAGUGAAGUGGGCCCAGUGGAGAUUUCUGUGAGAAGCAGGUGGGAGCGUUUGAGACAAGACGCUUCCUGUGGAGUACCUCCAGAUGGCUUUGAACUUGUGGCCUGUCUGCCUCUGCUGCCUGGGUGCCGAGGUUCCAGGCUGGGCCACCCCACACUUGCCCAGGUGCUUCCACCUGCCCCCCCCCAGCACUGUUCCUGCUCCCCUGCCUUGCACAGCCUCUUCUUUUCCCUCCCCUAGGUGCUCCCAAUCAACCCCAGCAGUCAGCUGCUUUAGCUUGCCCUGCCGGUGGCCCUGCCCACCCAUCCCCUCCACAGGCCUUUCAGGCCACCUGCUGGAAGGCCUUCCCCAGCAUCAGACUCAUGCAGGCAGCACCAGAUGCCUGCACUGGAGGGGAGGACUCAAGAGAGGCAGGAGGCUUCUGUGGCCAGGCCCCUCCUCUCCAGGCUGCAAACAGAAGCCGGGAGUGAGGACAUGGAGGGCAGAGCUGCCAUAGUAGGAAGGUUUUCCUACCAGAGCAACGUUUGAUCUGUAAUCGACAAAGGAAAGUGUUUUCUAGAAAACCAGUUUGUGGUUCCCAUGAACGAUGACCAUGGCCAAAGGCUCCCUUGCAUCCAGAGUUUAGGAUUAGGGCCUUCCCUCCAAAAUAAGCGAGCCACGGGUCGGCAGGGCUUCCGGUUCUUGCAAUGCCUGCCCGAUGACCUGGACUUCUGCUUUGCAGUUCCCUGAGGACCUCCUUUGACUCCCUGAAGCAGCAAACGGAGAACGUGGGCAGUGCACACAUCCAGUUGGCCCUGGCCCUGCGUGAGGAGCUUCGGAGCCUGGAGGAGUUCCGGGAGAGGCAGAAAGAGCAGCGGAAGAAGGGGAGCGUCUUGAGGCCAGAGCCCCCAGCUCAGAGCCUCGUGUCUCCUGCAGUAUGAGGCUGUCAUGGACCGUGUCCAGAAGAACAAGCUGUCCCUCUACAAGAAGACCACGGAGUCCAAGAAGGCGUAUGACCAGAAGUGCAGGGACGCGGAUGAUGCUGAGCAGGCCUUCGAGCGUGCGAGUGCCAACGGCCACCAGAAGCAAGUAGAGAAGAGCCAGAAUAAAGCCAAGCAGUGCAAGGAGUCAGCCACAGAGGCAGAGCGCGUGUACAGACAAAAUAUCGAGCAGCUGGAGAGAGCGAGGACUGAGUGGGAGCAGGAGCACCGGACUACCUGUGAGGCCUUCCAGCUGCAGGAGUUUGACCGACUGACCAUCCUCCGAAACGCCCUGUGGGUGCAUUGCAACCAGCUCUCCAUGCAGUGUGUCAAGGAUGAUGAGCUCUAUGAGGAAGUACGCCUGACACUUGAAGGCUGCAAUGUGGACAGUGACAUCAACGGCUUCAUCCAGUCCAAGAGCACUGGCAGAGAGCCCCCGGCUCCAGUGCCUUAUCAGAACUACUAUGACCGGGAGGUGACGCCACUGACUGGCAGCCCUAGUGUCCAGCCCUCCUGCGGCAUGAUAAAGAGAUUCUCUGGGCUGCUACAUGGAAGUCCCAAAACCACAUCUUUUCAAGCUUCUGCUGCUUCCACAGAGACUCUGGCUCCCACCCCUGAGCGGAACGAGCUGGUUUAUGCAGCCAUCGACGUGCAGGCAACACAGGGGAACCAUAACUCAUCGGCCCAGGACUACCGGGCGCUCUACGACUACAAAGCACAGAAUUCCGACGAGCUGGACAUUUCUGCAGGAGACAUUCUGGUGGUCAUCCUAGAAGGAGAGGAUGGCUGGUGGACAGUGGAGCGGAAUGGACAGCGCGGCUUUGUCCCUGGGUCCUACCUGGAGAAGCUCUGAGGAAAGAGCAGCAGUCUCCACAUACCUCUGCCCUGACUAUGAGGUCAGGUCUGUUCCCACCACGGCCCAGGCCUCUUGGGGCCAGAACCAAGCCUGGCCGCCCUGGGGAUGGGAUGGGUGCUGGCUCCUCUCGAUAAAUUUCUUCCAGAGGGAAUAAAGGGGCACAUUCUUC